AUGAAGACCUCAUCACGACACAGUCCGACCAAUGCCGUCUCGCGCCAUUUGCGCGAAAGCCGGCUCUUCCGGAGGCUUCUCAAGGCCCAGAGGUCGAAGUUUGCAGGAGCAACAUACGAUGUCCCCGCUGCAAACUUGGACCUCAGUUACACGGCGAAAAAGAAAGACGAUGCAGAGCGACUCGUUCCCGACAUCCAGAUCACGCCGCCGCCGCCUUACGAGACUCUUUUAUCAACACCUGCCGUCCAUGAUGUUCCACGAUUUCAGCCGGUAAUUCACGAGCCUAAACCGAACCAACAGACUGCAUAUUCGGUGGCAUCAUUAAGCACGCCUGCACCCACCAAUACUCUAACCCGACCGCUUGACGAAUUCUCAACUCCUUCUCUGGAGCCCUCCAGCUUUGAAGACAUGGACCCAUCAUCCGCGCCAACUUUUCUUCCUCACACCACGCCUCUCCGCCACCACCGCAGCGCCGAAAACCUCCGCCAAUCCAACCCCAUUUUCCUCACGCGACCAUCACCGCUAGGCAGCCACCCCGUUGGAGAAGACCUUACCACCGACCAUUCCCUCACCAAAGAGCAAACCCUCCCAGCCACGCGCUACCGACGACCCACCCAGCCACCACUGCUCAGGCGCGCGAGCAGCUACCCGCUCAUCCCCGUGGCCAUCAUGUCGCCCAUCCGCGAAGAGGACCCACCGCGCUCCCCGCUCCGCCCACGUGCCGCCACCGUCCCAGCCGAUGCUCAUUCCGCCAUCAUUAAGCGCCAAUCACACCGCCCGCCGAUUAUUAGCAUCCUCCGCCACACCCCGACCACCUCGGCUCCUCAGCACCGCCAGCGCGAGCAGAAGCACGUGCACUUCGAGCCGUCCGUAAUCCCAGAGGAAGAGGAAGAGGAGGUGGUGGAUGCGCCAGCUCCUUCUCCCUUGCGGAAAGAACAGUUGCUCCUGUUCUCGGCGGCCGUGAUGGUCGCGUCGCUGUUGCUGGUGGUGGCGUUCGCGGAUGUGUUUGAUUCGGCGCGCGCGUGUGCGCAGGUGGUAAGGCUCGAGUAUGUCGUUGCGUUUAUUGUGGGAUGCGGGGUCGCGCAUUGGCUUUCGGGAGUGGCGGAAGUGGUGGGGGGAACUUUGGGGAGAGCGAGGGAGGAAGGUUGGGUUUGA